CCCUCGCCCUCCGCCCCGGGCCCCGGGCCGCGCUUCAAGCUGCUGCGCGAGGGCGACGUGCAGCUGUGCUACCUCAACCACACGCGCACCGUCAUCAGCAAGAUCCUCAGCUCCAAGUUCCUGCGGCGCUGGGAGACCCACCGCCUCUACCUGAACGACGCCUGCAUCUCCUCCAAGACGCCGUCGGGCUUCAUGGAGCGGUCGGUGCCGUACUCGAGCGUGGAGGAGCUGUGCGUGGUGGCGCGCUGGGACGCGGGCCAUCGCUUCUGCGUGCGCCUCGUCGUGCAGGAUGGCUCGCUGCUGCUGCAGGCAAACAACGCUUACAUGAGAGACCAAUGGUAUCACUCCAUCCUGUGGAAGAAAAGCAUUUUCAAGUACCGCAACAUACUGAAGAAGUCGACCCGCCCGGAGGUGGUGCUGAAGGAACUGAAGAGCCUGGUGGAGCUGGCGACGAGCACGCCGCUGCAGGACGAGUGCGUGACAAACGCCCCCAUGGAGAUCGUGUCGCGCCUGCUGGAGGAGGACGAGGCGUGGACUAGCCGCGGCGGCAGCGAGCAGCUGACGGCGACGCUGGCGCCCCUGCUGGCCAACACGGCGCCGUCGCCCGCGCUGUGCCGCUUCUUCUCGCGCCACUGCGCCGCGCACCCGCGCUCCCCGGCGGUGGCCGAGCGGCUCACGCCCGUCGCGCAGCGCAUCCUCAAGCACAACGUGGAUUUCGGCAAAUUUCCACACAUGCGGAGGCUGGUCCAAGACUACAUCUGUGCCCUUCAUAUGCAGAAUGGAGGAGAUGAAGUCCUCCGCCGGUUUGUGGCAAGUAUUCAUGGGCCUGGAAGCAGCUGUCCUCAUCCACGGGUUCUGCCAAAUCUUGUUGCUGUAUGCUUGGCAGCAGUGUUCUCGAGUUUUGAGGAGCGACGUUCAAUUGAAGCACGUAAUGAAACUCAAGGCCUAGUUUUGGAACAUGCAGAUUGUCAGCUACAGUGUUAUCUCAGUGUGCUUCUCACUGUAAUGCUGGAUUUAGUUGAAAAAAAUCUUUGUUACAGUUCUGAGUACGAUGACUGGCGACCUGGUCUUGCUCAGCUUCUCCAGCCUAUUCCCUUUCCUGAUGACGCUCUUGCUCAUGAGCCUUUCAUUCGGAGUUUUAUGCCAGUCAUGGAGCGUAUUGGAAAAGAUUCACGAUGCGAAGUUCACCAAUUAGUCUUAGGUAUUCGUGAAGGCAAAGAAGGCUGGUUUCAUGUAUACUGCCCUUCCAGUUUGGCUUGUGUUGAUGAAGGGGAACUUUGGUGUUCAAUGCUGGAAAUUUUGCUUCACUGCUGUUGUCGACGCAAGAGAUUUCUUGUGCAACUGGCAAAGCGGCUUGGGGCGUGUCUCCUAUUAGCCUUACGGGAUCACACUGUGGCCCAAGAGGCUUUGUGCCUAAUGUUAGAGUGGGAAUUACUGACCCAGGAAGAUCAGAAAAUGCAGGUGGUCACCACCCUUCGGAGUACAGCUUCAGGUCGAGAGCAUUAUGCUGCCUUGUGUCGAAGACAAAUGCAUCUUAAAGAACUGCAGCAGCAGAAAGGUGGGCCUCGUAAACUCACCCUUCCCAGCAGGUCAACAGAUGCAGACAUUGCUCGACUUUUGAGUUGUGGUUCCUUUGGAAACUUAGAGUGCCUGAGCUUGGCUUUCACACAUGUCACCAGUGCCUGUGCAGAACAGCUCAUAAAGUUGCCUUCUCUUCGCUACCUCAACUUGUGGGCCACACAGUUUGGUGACUCUGGGCUGCUGAUGAUCUCCGAGCACCUGCACAAGCUCCAGGUGCUGAAUUUAUGCGAAACACAAGUUUCAGAUAAAGGAAUUGCAGCACUUGCUUCCAUGACUAGCCUUCGCAAGUUAAAUCUCAACAGUACUAAACUUUCUGCCCACACAUUUGAGCGUCUGAAGCAGAAGUUGCCAGCACUGCAAGAAUUUGAUGUGAGAUAUACAGAAGCAUGGUGAAAAACAUUUGCACAAUAAUUGGGAACCAUUUGUGGUGGUGAUAUCAAGGAGUAGUUCGCAAAGAUGAAGAUGGUCACGAAGCUAACAAGCACAUAUCUUUGUAAUAUACAUGUAGUACCACAAUUAGGAAUUUUAUUGUUAAUGAAAAGCCUAUUCUCUAGUGUUCUACAAAUAUAUUGCAGAAACAGAAUCUAUAAACCACGUGGAAUGAAAAUGUUAAUACACUGCUGCAUGCUGAGCUGAAGCCAAGAGUGAAGCAGCAGUAUUUUUUACCAAUUAAAAUAAAAUGUUUGUAUUGACGAUAGAUAUGUUAACAUGUAUACUCCUACAAAUUUCUAUGGUAUGUCCAAUCUACAACAAAAUAAUGAAUUUAGAAGCGGGAUAUCUGUUUACCUAUAUAUUCUUACAGUUCACAAAGAUUCCAAUGUAUUUGCAAGCUGCACAUGUGGCUUCAUAGAUCACUGAUACAGGGAUGAAAGGUUGACCAAUCAGAGAAAAAACAGGAAAUUAAUAUAAUUUCACCUUGUUCAAAUUAAAAAUUUAUUAUGAAAUAACAAUUUCACAAUUUUUUACAGUCAAUAAAAUUGGUAUUUUUCGUCUAGAGAGAUGACAUUGAAUAAAGAUAUGAAAUUAUAAAUCAGGGCUCUUUUAAGACUGUUGCUCAUAUGCAGUAUGAUCAGUAACAUGUAGAAUAUUUUGUAAGAGAAAUCUAAAUAAUUUCCCACGUUGUUAUACUGUUGUUACCAGUGAGUCACAUACUCAACCAACAUGCUGCACCAAUUAUUGUUGCUCAGAAGUUGCUUUACUGUUUUGCUUAUCAAGAUUGACUUAUGAUUUAAAAAUUGUAUUAAUUUCUCAAGUAAAGCUUAAUAUUGAGUGUUGAGCAGAAAAAGGAUUUUCAUGCAUGAUGAUGUAAGAAUGAAUGACUAUGUGUGUUGGGUUUGAUGAUAGAGUAUACUUAGAAUGAGAAUACAACAGUACUGAAUCUAUUUAUUUGUCAAGUUAUUUAUUUAUUAUACUCUACAAUGUAAACAUGCUCUCAAGAGAUGCAACCAAGUUCUACAUUCAAGACUAUUGUCUAAAAGAUUCAUACAAAUGAAUAAACUGUUUAAUGUUAUUACACAUCUUGUGUUUAUUUUUCCCAAAAGGCUCGCAUUCCUCGGACUAGCAACACAGUAAUUGUUGCAAAUGGGGAAAUAAUUAAUCACAUCAUUCCACUUGAAA